AUGAGAUGCCGUUCGGAAGAGCCUUUGCGACGAGAAUCUCCCCAGAUCCUUGAAGGAGAUGAGCCAAGAGCAGCUGCAAGGGCAUCCAGACCCGCUGCUGUGCAGUCAAAACCAGAGUCAAACGCUCACUCGAGCGUUAACGACGUCCCGCCGAGCAGCGGGUCGAACUCGUUGCCAUCAGACUCUCUGAACGUCGGCUACUAUGCAAGAUUUUUUCAUCAAGUCCGCCGAAUCGGGACAGGAGCCUAUGGUAGUGUCUUCGAGUGCCGGCACGUCAUGGAUGGAGUGCAUCUGGGUACUUAUGCGGUCAAGGUAGCCCCGGUCGGCGACAAUCGACAGUGGCUGCACAAAGUGCUGCGGGAAGUGAGAAACUUGCAGUUUCUAUCACACAACAACGUCGUGAGGUACAUGCACUCUUGGCUGGAACCGCACCAGAGCUCUCCUUUCACUCCCAUGGUCCCUUGCCUCUUCAUCCUUAUGGAAUAUGCGAACUCAGGAAACCUUCACUCCUUGUUGGCCCUCGACCUGCCGCAGAGAAAACGAGGCUUUCUCUCGGAGGAGCAGAUCUUCCUCUACACCAUGGACAUCUGCUCAGGGCUGCAGUAUCUCCACUCCAUGGACAUCGUCCAUCGUGACCUGAAGCCUGAAAACAUCCUGGUGCAGUCAGGGCGACAGAGCGACUCAGGGAUCGACAUAGGCCAUCGCCUCAUGAUCUCCGACUUGGGGCAAAGUCAGAGGCUAUCGGAGAACAGAGGCGCUUCGAGGAGAUCAGGCUGUACGGGGACAGUGCGGUACACAGCACCUGAGAUGCUGGAGGUAUCCGUUGCGUUCUCCUUGCAUUACCUCUAUGACUGGAGCACAAAGGCAGACGUCUGGUCGCUAGGAGCCAUCGUCUUCUGCCUGUGCUACAGCGCCAUCCCCUACCAAGAGAUCGAGGACUUGCAGGAGCUCGCUCGCUGCGUUGUCUCGGGCCCUUCGAUGCCGCGCCCUUCCACUCCCGUAAGAUCUCCACCGCUCGUCGAGCUGCUCGACCUGACCCUCGACAAGGAUCCUUCGAAGCGACCUGAAGUUUCGACUAUUCUUUCAUCUCCAAUCAUCCAAGACUACAUCUCGAGAAGCCAGGUACCACACAACAGUCCCCACGGAUCUUCUAGCCAACGGGAAGGUGCUACGGUCGUGCGAGUACCGUCGGAGAGGGACUUGCAGUCGUCGGCUCGCUGGAGCUCGCCUGCCGUAGGCCUCCUCCCCCAAGAGACCGGUACUUCUCUUGUAUUGCGUCGUAACGCGCGCGAGCAUGGCAUAGAUGAGGUCAGGGAGGUCGGGAGUGACCUGCCAAGGCCCCACCUCCCAGCUAUCACGUUCGGAGAGGUGGAGGAAACCAAUGGGGGGAUCCUGUCCAGCCUCGGGCGGAGCUUGUGGGGAGGGGAGCGAGGAUCGAUCUCGCAAUUCUUGCUACUGCGCACUCGAUCGGUCAUGGGCUUCAUCGGGCUUCGAUCGCUGUGGACUUUGGUACUGAAGAAGGUCGUCCGACUGGGGCAGAUAGCGGACCGAUGCCUGCAGGAGAGCGACACUGUUUGACAUGCUUUUCUCACUUCACUCUACAAGUUGAAAGGGUUCUCAACGAUGG